AUGAGAUAUAAAAAGAAAGUCCAGACAUGUGUAUUCAGAAGUACAGAUGUUGCCAUCAUCACUCUAAUGUCCAGACACAACAGCACACAUGUGCCCCAUUUAGAACCACACUUUCUCCUUAAUGUUGAAUGUGUUGCUUGUCGUGUCUUGGUUGGACCAUCCUGGCUUCUAUGUCUAUUUGUACGUCCAGCAGCUGUCUAUGUGAUGCCCGACAGUCCCCAUAAUGCUCACCUUAGAGCCUGUUCAAUAGCUCCAUGCAGCUUACAGAACCUAAUCUUGCUCCCGUCCACUACAGGAGGUACCUCCUACCUGAACCUCGCCUUCGCCGUUCUCUUCACGCUGGAGAUGGUGAUCAAGUGGGUUGCCUUUGGUUUCGUCAAGUACUUCACCUCUGUCUGGACACUCCUAGACUGCUUCAUUGUCAUGGUGUCACUCUGCAGUCUCUUUGUGGAGCAAGAUAACCUCAUUGCUCUUAGGAGUCUUCGGACACUACGAGCACUGAGGCCCCUUCGGGCUAUCUCACGUUGGGAGGGGAUGAAGAUUGUGGUGAAUGCACUUAUGUAUGCCAUCCCGUCCAUCUUCAAUGUGUUGCUUGUGUGCCUCGUCUUCUGGCUUAUUUUCUCCAUCAUGGGCGUGCAGAUGUUUGGGGGGAAGUUUUACAAGUGUAUUGAUCCUGUUGAUAGAAAAAUCCUCCCAGUUAAGAUUGUAAACAAUCGAAGUGAUUGUGAAAGGCUAAACUACAACUGGACCAAUAGCAAAAUAAAUUUUGAUCAUGUGGGUUAUGCCUAUUUAGCCCUGUUUCAAGUGGCAACCUUUGAGGGCUGGAUGGAGGUUAUGGCGGAUGCAGUUGAUUGCCGUGGACUUGACAUGCAGCCAGAGAGAGAAGCCAACAUUUAUGCCUACAUUUACUUUGUGAUCUUCAUUGUGUGCGGUUCCUUCUUCACACUCAACCUCUUCAUUGGUGUGAUCAUCGACAAUUUCAAUGCGCUGAAGAAGAAGUAUGAGGGCGGAGUGUUGGAGAUGUUCUUAACGGACUCACAGAAGAAUUACUACACGGCAAUGAAGAAACUUGGCCGCAAAAAGCCGCAGAAAGUCAUCAGAAGGCCAAAGCAUCCAUACCAUGCCAUCUUCUAUGAUAUUGCUGUGUCUAGAAGAUUUGAGAUCUCCAUUUUUGUGCUGAUCUUCUUAAACAUGGUGACAAUGGCCAUUGAGCACUACAACCAGUCUCGGACAGUCGACUUCAUACUUGAUGUCUUCAAUGCACUCUUUACAACAAUCUUUGGAUUAGAAGCCAUAGUCAAGAUCAUUGGUCUGCGCCAUCACUACUUCACGGUACCUUGGAACCUGUUUGACUUUAUCCUGGUGUUUGCCUCCAUCAUGGGCAUACUCCUCCAUGAUGUCCUCACUGACUUCCCCAUCAGCCCAACACUUCUCAGGGUAGUCCGCGUCUUCAGGAUCGGACGCAUUCUACGUCUUAUCAAGGCUGCAAAGGGGAUAAGGAAGUUGCUGUUUGCCCUAAUAGUGUCGCUACCGGCACUGUUCAAUAUCGGUGCAUUGCUAUUUCUCAUCACCUUCAUCUACGCAAUCAGAAUGGCGGUGUUUGGUCACGUGCAGCGGAAGGGUGCUUUAGAUGAUCUGGUCAACUUUGAGACUUUCGGCAGCAGUAUGAUGCUUCUCUUCAGACUGAUCACUUCUGCUGGCUGGAAUGACGUCCUGGACCCUCUCAUGGCUCAACCUCCGGACUGCGACGUCACUUAUAUGAACCAGCCCAAUGGCAACUGUGGCCACCCUGUGAUCGCCAUUGUCUUCUUUGUGUCGUUCAUCAUCAUCAAUUUUAUGAUUGUGAUUAACAUGUACAUUGCUGUUAUUUUGGAAAACUUUAACCAAGCACAUAAGGAGGAGGAGAUUGGCAUUGUGGAAGAUGACUUGGAGAUGUUUUAUGUUAGAUGGUCCAAGUAUGACCCACAUGCUACACAGUUCAUCAAUUUUUCACAACUCUCCGACUUCAUCUCCAGCCUUGAUGCUCUUGGCAUCCCUAAGCCAAACACUGUUGCCCUUGUGUCCUUUGACCUGCCUAUAGCCAAAGGGGACAAAAUCCACUGCCUGGACAUCCUCCACGCCCUCACCAAGCAUGCUGGGCAUGUAGAGGAGACUGAGGAGUUCAGAGAGUGACUCAAGAUGCAGAUGGAAGAGAAGUUCAAGAAGCAGUUCCCAACUCGCAAGGAGCUUGAGAUCGUAUCCUCCACGCGUCGCUGGAAGAAGAUGGACUCAGCUGCCAAGACCAUCCAGAUGGCCUGGCGGGCCUUCCUCAAAGCAAAAAGAGCGAGACUAGAAGCGACAGGAAACCCUUCUCAGGGAAAGACCAAGGAGGGGAACGAGAUGCAGCUCCAGAGCCUGGAAUAACUCUGCCUUCCCACAGUAGCGUAAAUUUGUGAAUGUUGACUACUUGCUGUUUUUUGGCCACUGUACCGUAUCCAUAUAUAUUUUUUGGCAGCUCAUGAUUAAGUUUCUCCUGGGCUCCAAUUAGAGGCUGAUGAUGGGGUGUCAGAUGAUGGUCAUAGAGUCAUUACUUCUUUUCUAUAUAAUUUGUUGUGGCUUUGGGGUAUAAUGAGAUCUAAGUAGAGCACAUCUGACUCCUCUAAAUGGACCCAAUCAAUUUAAAUCACAGGCUGAAAAUUAGCCAUAACACUAAUGUCUGUUCUGAUGCUUUAGAUUAUAAACAAUAACAAUUAUUUGACUUUUUUUUCCUAUAGUAACACACAAAUAUAGGACUUUGUGCAAGCUAAGCUAAUGAUCAUAUUUCAUUGUAGACUUCCACAACCCUUUUAUGAAAUAAAUGAUAGCUAAAUAAACCCCCAAAAAUACAUUGCAUAAAAAUCUAAUCCUAUGUGAU